CAGAAUGGUGAAGUUCAUAAAACGACCCAAUUCAAUUUCACUGCCUGGUUAGAUCAUGAUGUGCCUCGAAUAUCUCAGUUAUUGGAUUUUCUUUAUCAUGUAGAAGGUCAGAAAACAACAGACUCUCCAGUCCUAGUUCAUUGCAGUGCUGGUAUUGGAAGAACUGGAACUUAUAUUGCCAUUGACUCAUUGUUGAAAGAGGGUCGUGAUACUGGAAAGAUUGACAUACAAUUGCGAGUACAGAAAAUGCGAGAACAACGAAAAGAUAUGAUUCAAACUCCUGACCAAUUGAAAUUUGUGUUUGAAGCAUUGGCUGAAGCCUUUGAAACAGGA